AUGGCUCUUAGUCUAACAGUUGACGAUGUCUCUUCCAUUUCAAAGGAAAAGGAUGUGUGGAGAGUUAUUGUGAAGGUGGUGCGGAAGUGGAUGACUCCAAGUUUCGAUCGUUCAAAACUUCCUAAUUCGAUGGAGUUGGUUUUAAUGGAUGCAAAGGGUGAUAGGAUCCAUGGCACAGUGCAAAGGACUCAUGUUUAUAAGUUUAACCCUUUGUUAGUUGAGGGUCGAGUAUACAUGUUGUCACAUUUCAGUGUUGAUGAUAGCGCUCUGGAUUUUCGUACAACGACACAUGCUCACAGGAUAAUCUUUGGUUUUGAUUCGGUUGUUCAAACCCUAACCGACGAUCCCAUCACUAAGAGUCCUUAUUCAUUUGUUUCUGUUUCUGAUCUCAUGUUCAAUGAUCCAGAUCAGACACUGUUAGUCGAUGUGAUAGGGAUCCUUACCGGCCAUAGCGGCGAGCAGGAAUUUGAAAAAAAUCAUCAAGUGAGAAAGAGGAUUACCAUAGAGAUUGAACAAGAAGGAGUGAAAGUUGAGUGUGCAUUUUUUGGAAGCUACGUCCAAGAGCUACUCUCUGUUUUAUCUUCACGCGAUCUGAGCGGCGUUGUGGUUUUAAUCCAGUCAACAAAGCCUGAUAUGUUGCAACAAAGCCUGCAAAAUGCAUAUGACAAGUUUUUCGAGAUGAAUGAACCUGGAUCUCAGAUGCUUACUCAGCUGUCCGACUCUUCAAAACCUUCACUCGAUGAAGAGUUCUUAAAACCCUCAGAUAUGAAAACUUUCGAGCAAAUUAGAGCCAUGGAUGAGAAGUCAUGUUGUGUUGUGUUAGGGACCAUCAUACAGAUACCUGAGGGGAAUAAUUGGUGGUACAAAGCUUGCAAGUGCAACAAAAAAGUUAUUUUGGAUGAGAAAAUGUUCAGUUUGCAAGUCAAAGUAAAGCAGGGUAAUGACAUUGCUACAUUGGUCAUAUUUGACAAAGAAGCGAGUGUUCUUCUUGAAACUACUUGUGCUGACUUGGUUGAUUCGUCAACAAAGAAUCCUGCUGGCUCUGGCUCUACAACUCCUCUUGAAUUACUUAAGUUGUUGGAAAAGACCUUUCUCUUUAGGAUUGAAGUUAACAACACUUCAAGCUACAGGUGUGAGUCAUCAUAUCGUGUCAACAAAACUUAUGGAGAUCCCGGCUCCAGGUUUGAGCCAUCAUAUCGUGUCAAGAAAAUAUGUGCAGAUCCCGACUUAAUUGCUCAUUUCAAGGAAGCUCUCCCUCCUCCUAAUGACGACACUCCUCCAUUACUAUUGCUAGAAACACCUACAUCUGAUGAGAGUGCUGAAAACGCGAGUCCCAAGUUUGUUGCUGUUGCGAGUGGCGAUGUUGUUGAGCCUAACAUAGAAAAAGAAGAAGUUCCCCAAUGCAAGCAGAGCACUCACUCGGAGAAUGAAGGAGUUGAUUCAACUAAUAACAAGAAGAAGCUGAUCAAGAAGAUUAAGAAGGAGAAAAAUUGA